CUCCAAGACGCCACCGUCUACGACUUCAAUCUUACCGCCAAUCUCACAGCCGCCAGUAUCACCAACGCCUAUAUCAACACUGAUAUCCAGGUAAUAUAGUGGUGGAGAAAGAAAAUAUUUGAUGUACAUAUAUUGGAAUCAAUAUUACACAGGGGCGGAUCGAGGAUCGAGAGAUGAGGUAACCAUUGCCGCAAGCAAUCCCAAUGAGCGGGCCGGGAUCUUCUACGACCACCUGCAUGUCUACGCUACUUAUGGCGGACAGCAGAUCACACUACACACUCUUUUGCCAGACACAUACCAAGGGAAAAAAGAAGUCUCUGUCUGGUCGCCCUUUCUGAAUGGAGGGUCCAUCCCGAUGGCGCCUUAUAUCGGGGAGGAGCUCACCCAAGAUGAGCGAGCUGGGAUGGUGAUGAUCAACAUCAGAGUUGAUGGACAGAUACGGUGGAAAGUGGGAAGCUUUGUAUCUGGGAGGUACCGACUGUAUGUGAACUGCCCGACUUAUUUGAGCUUCGGAGGAGAAUAUAGCCCCAAAACUAUUUUAGUCGGGUCAACUGCCAAGUAUCAACUGGUUCAAAGCUGCAAUGUUGUUUUUUAAACAAAGAUUUUGUUUCAAAUGAGAAAUACAUAGAAUAUCAAAAAUAAUAUAUCAACCAUUGGAUUUCCCGUGUUGCAUUAAAACAAACUUUAUGUCGCACUAUGAUAGUAUAGAAUUG